UCACUGAUUGUGCUAGACACAACUGAACACAGCGGUGUACGUUGUUUUGAUAAUUGUUUUUUGGCUGGGACAAAGGAUUUCAACGCCACUUUGGAUUUUGACAGUGUCGUGGGCAGCUCUCCAACUUUAAAAAUGGUUCAGAAUUAUAAGCAGACGUCUGGAGCCUGUUCCCCAACCAACACUGAAGAACUACUCACACCAGCACAUGAGGAAAAUGUGCGAUUCAUUCAUUACACUUGGCAGCGUGUCAUGAGAGAAAUGCAGACUUGCCAGGGAAGUGAAAACAAUAACCAGGGACCUCAGAAGUAUGUGGAGAGGACGCCAAACCCUGCACUAAGCUCUUUUACACCAGUGGACUUGAAUGAUGUGAAAAGGAAAAACACACAAGACUCCAAAAAGUCUUCAUGAAACAUUUGGAUUUAUCCAGCAUAAAGACUAAUACAGCAUAGAUCUCAUGCCUGGUGCACUGAUGUUAUUCAGGCCUUUAUUUGCCGAUCCCUGAUCUUUUUUUAAAUUAUCAGUGUUGUUCACUGAUAACUUUGUCCUGUGUUUAAGGACACAAUGCUGCUUAAAAAUGUUUUUAGAAUUUCCCUUGAUUUUCAUAUAGUGUGCUGCAGUGAUGAUGUGUUUUUGUAGGCGACAAAUGCCUGGAUUUAUUCAUUGGCUUUUGAAUUAUUGCAGAAAACAAGCUUUGUGACCAAGAGAUUAGGGUAUUACUGAUGCAUUUUAUGUUGUAGAAAAAAGCUUGUUCCUGUGUUACCUUAUUUCAGGCAUUAGCCAAAAACCCAUUCAGGAUAAUGGGAAUCAGAAAUGCUAACUCGUUUCUGGGAUUUGGCCUAAAAUAUGUCAUCCCUAAAGCACUCUAUAUAAGCUAAUGUAAAAAAGCAUACAUGUCAAAAAGUCUUUUUGAUAAAUUAUUUUGUUGGUUUGACUUUAAAAUCAUAUAUUUAACCCUUGUAUUAUGUUCUGGGUCAAUUUGACCCAUUUGGAAAUACCAGUUAACCUGUGAUUUUAUUCUUGAUAUUUUGUGACUUUUUCUCAUUUAGGGCCUGAACAUGCAUGCAAAGUGAGGAUACACUGAUGUGUUUUGAAGUGCACACACAUAAAUUUGUUACGAUUUUGAUGUUCGCGAGUCAAUUUGACCCACAUUAUUAUUAUUUUUUUUGUUUUAAAGCAACUGUACAGACCCAAGUUAAAUAUAUUUCUUGGGUAUACACUCUUAAAAAUA